AUGGCCCCCAUUCCAUCCGUCAACGUCGUUGAGCCCACCAAGGGUGGCGUCCGCUCCGGCAAGAAGCACUCGGACGUCGUCAUCAUCGGCUCGGGUCCCGCUGGCCACACCGCCGCCAUCUACCUGGCCCGUGCCAACCUCAACCCCGUCCUCUACGAGGGUAUGCUCGCCAACGGCUUCGCCCCCGGUGGCCAGCUCACCACCACCACCGACGUCGAGAACUUCCCCGGUUUCCCCGAGGGCGUUACUGGCCCCGAGAUGAUGGACAAGUUCCGUGCCCAGUCGGAGCGCUUUGGCACUGAGAUCAUCACCGAGACCAUUGCCAAGGUCGACUUCUCGCAGCGUCCCUUCAAGUACUGGACCGAGGGCGAGGAGGAGGACGCCGACUUUAUGACUGCCGACUCGAUCAUCAUCGCCACUGGUGCCUCUGCCAAGCGUCUCCACCUCCCCGGAGAGGAGACCUACUGGCAGUCGGGUAUCUCGGCCUGCGCUGUCUGCGACGGUGCCGUCCCCAUCUUCCGCAACAAGCCCCUCGCCGUUAUCGGCGGUGGUGACUCGGCUGCCGAGGAGGCCAUGUACCUCACCAAGUACGCUUCGCACGUCUACGUUCUUGUCCGCCGUGACGCCCUCCGUGCGUCCAAGAUCAUGGCCAAGCGUCUCCUCGCCCACCCCAAGGUCACUGUCCUCUGGAACACUGUCGCCACCGAGUGCCUCGGUGACGGCGACCUCCUCACUUCGCUCAACCUCCAGGACGUUACCACCAAGGAGGAGCGCAAGCUCGAGGUCAACGGCCUCUUCUACGCCAUUGGUCACGUUCCCGCCACUUCGCUCGUUGCUGGCCAGAUCGCGACCGACGAGGAUGGCUACAUCGUCACUGUCCCCGGCACCGCCCAGACCUCGGUGCACGGUGUCUUCGCCGCCGGUGACGUCCAGGACAAGCGUUACCGCCAGGCCAUCACCUCGGCCGGUUCGGGAUGCAUGGCUGCCCUCGAGGCCGAGCGUCUCCUCGCCGAGGAGGAGGAGGAUGCCGACGUUGCUGCCGCUGAGGCCAACGGCAACGGCGUUGCCACCAACGGCCACUAG